UUGAAGCAGCAACACUUUCAAAGGGGCACUCCUGCUGAGAGGGGAUUGGUGCAGGCCAGAAAAAUCCUUUCCAGCAACAACAACAGCAUCCCUGCCAACUUGAGGCACAUUGAUGACAUGUCCAGGAUCAUCAGGAAAGUUGACAUAGUGCCCAGAGGGACUGAGUGUGGCAACUCUGAAUGUUGCACAUCCAAAAAGUCAACAAGGCUCAAGUCGUGUCCAGCAAAAAAGUGCAAAAAGAAGAAGAAGAAGAAGGCAAGCAAGAAAAAGCCCAUUUCCACAUCCCCUAAGAGUUCAACUGAUGGUGUUGGUCUGGAAAAAUACAAAAUGCUCCACCCAGCUGUGCAAAUCAGGGAAAUGCUCAUCCCAAAAAUCAUCAGUCACCGUGAAAAAGGCACUGCUGCAAGGAAUAAAAGGAACUCCACAAAAAAUGAACUGUCUGAAAUUCUUGGCUCAGAGCAUUCUGAAAGAUUUGCCUCCAGGAAUGUCUCAGAAAGUGUGGAAUCUUCAACAACUGUGAGCCCCUUGAUGGAGCCACUCACAGUAAAGCCAGCAUUGGAAUCCUUCACAUCUGCUCCUCCUGUUCAAGUAGCAACCAUUGAAACCAACAAUUCCCAGAGCUUGAGCAUCCUGCAGACAAUUCUUGAAGCAAUACAGGAAAAGUUCAAGAAUAGCAAUGACACUGAUGAAAACAGUCCACUGGGGAAGCUUGGAAAGAUUCUGGGACUGAUAAAGGUCAACAGAACCUCAGAAGAUAACAAGAGCAGCAGCAAUACUUCCCAAAUCAUGGAGGCAAAUACCACUAUGGUAUCCAACAACAAUGACACAUCAGCACUCAGGGACUACGAUACCAAUACCCAGAAUUUUCUGAGACAAGACAUCAAUAAGCCUCCUGACAACAAUACCAAGCCUGUCUCAUGCAACAGAGACAGCAAUUCACAGAACAAGAAACCAACAUGUUCAGAAUGUGCAGCUCUUAUUAAGAAAUACAGAGAUGAAAACCCUCAUCCACAUGUUGUGGUCUGUCCCAAGUGCUCACAGAUAUCUGAAUGAUCCAUGUGUCUGAAAUAAACCUGAUGAUGCUGCUGCUGCCUCCAAACUUCU